AUGCCACCUCGCCGGCCUGCCUCCUUCUCCUCGCCGGUCUGCUUCCUCUCUGACGCCGUCGUCCCCGUCGCCCUCCUCGCGCCCCGCUGCCCCAUCCCUACGGCCCCCGUGAGCUCACCUUCUCCUCCUCUUUUCCUCGCGCGCAUGCGCUCACGGCCGCGGCCUCCUCCCCGCGGCUCCGCUAGUCGCCGCUGCUUCCGGCGCUCACCCCGCCUGCUCUGCUGCUCGUUUGGCCGCACCCUGCACACCCGCACCGGAGCCCGCGCUCCGGGCCGCACUCGCCCCGCACGGCGCACCGUCGCGCGCGCAUGCGCCCACCUCCCCUGCUCGCUGCGCAUUGCUGCUGCCCCGUCCGCUGCUGCGCGCGCACCCGCGCUCACCUGCGCAGCCCACAGCUCGCGCGCGCGCCCUUCACCGCGGCCCUUUGCUCCUGCGCUGAGACCCCGUCGUCCCACUCCGGCCCCGACGCCCUCCCCCUCCUUCUCCGGCGACCGCCGCACACCCGCCUCUCGCCUAUGUGCCCGCAACCGCCGCCGGACGCCUGUGAACCACCGCCCGUUAGCGCCCGCGGCCCUAUGA